UUCAACAUGGCAGCGCCCAUUACUCUGGGAGGGAUAGUGGAGCAAAACAUCACUGAAACGGGACAAAUAUUACCAGAAUCCACAUCUGGAGAACUGAAAAGACCUCCGUUUGGAACCCGUUUCCUGACAGACCCACGUCAAGUUUUUCAACAUAACGCAUGGGACAAUGUGGAGUGGACAGAGGAGCAAGAGGCAGCUGCCAAGAAGAAGGUCCAAGAAAACAGUCAGCCCCUCCCUCAAGAGAAGCAAGAGGACUUUGACUGCAGGGCGAACGAGUACUGGAAUGAAUUCUACACCAUCCAUGAGAAUCGCUUCUUCAAAGACCGCCACUGGCUCUUCACAGAGUUCCCUGAGCUGGCCCCACAGUGUCGCCUCAACCGGGACUCCUGUAUUGGGGACCAUAGAGCUGAGGACAAUGAACCACAUGGUCUCGAACAGUGUCAGGGCCAAAGCAGUGAAGUCACCCCUCUGGCCCCUGUAGAUGGUGACUUCCCUGGAUCCAGUGCCAUGUAUCGCAUACUGGAGGUUGGCUGUGGUGUUGGCAACACUGUCUUUCCCAUUCUGAAGACCAACAAUGACCCUGGGCUCUUUGUCUACUGCUGUGAUUUCUCCAGCACCGCUGUAGAGCUGGUCAAGGCUAAUUCAGAGUAUGACCCCGGGCGCUGCUAUGCCUUUGUUCAUGACCUGGGUGAUGAGGGAGCUAUUUACCCUGUCCCAGACGCCAGCAUGGGUGUUAUAGUGCUCAUCUUCGUGCUCUCAGCCCUGCAUCCUGACAAGAUGCAGGCCUCCAUCAGCAGACUGGCUCGGCUGCUGAAGCCUGGAGGAGUGCUGCUGCUCAGGGACUAUGGGCGCUAUGACAUGGCACAGCUACGCUUCAAGAAAGGAAGGUGUUUGUCAGAUAACUUUUAUGUCCGGGGUGAUGGAACACGAGUCUAUUUCUUCACACAAGGUAUCCAUCCCUCCCAGGGGUUGCAGUCCCACAUCUACCUCAGACACUAG